UGUUUGUUUCAGGUAUUACUUGGGUGUUGGUUUACCGAACAGACAAGUAUAAGAGGUUAAAGGCUGAAGUGGAAAAGCAGAGCAAGAAAUUGGAAAAGAAGAAGGAAACGAUAACUGAAUCUGCAGGUCGACAGCAGAAAAAGAAGAUAGAGAGACAAGAAGAGAAGCUGAAGAAUAACAACAGGGACUUGUCAAUGGUUCGGAUGAAAUCCAUGUUUGCCAUUGGCUUCUGCUUCACUGCCUUGAUGGGAAUGUUUAACUCCAUAUUUGAUGGCCGAGUGGUGGCGAAGCUUCCCUUUAUCCCCCUCUCGUACAUCCAGGGUCUCUCCCACCGCAACCUGCUGGGUGAGGAUUACACCGACUGCUCCUUCAUCUUCCUCUACAUUCUCUGCACAAUGUCCAUCAGACAGAACAUCCAAAAGAUGCUUGGACUUGCACCUUCCCGAGCUGCCACCAAGCAGGCAGGAGGCUUCCUUGGCCCCCCCCCUCAGGCAGGGAAGUUCUCCUAAAGCACAGCCUUCAGGGAAGGCCUGACCAGUGCACAAGACUGCCUUUAGGAGCCAGCAAGACAGGAUUCUUCACCAGGAUUCACCUAUCCAAAACCAGCCUAGGAAAACAUCAUCCAUUCGGAGUAUUCUGCUAGCAGUCGUUCGCUCAUCAAACCAAGAAACUUCUCUCAGAAGAUAACCCGACCUUUUGUUUCUGAGAAAUAAACGGCAUGGGCAUGUUAAUUGAU